CAUAGACUCCUGGUAUUCGACUUCUGUCCGAGUAUUGGCGCUUCCUGAUUGUCUGCCAUGACACCUCAAUUGAGCGCAGUUGUUUGAAGCGCAUGGAGAUUCCAAUGCUGUGCCUGUUGACUGGAAGGAGACAGCACGCCAUGGCCUCUGCGUAAGGAACGUGCGUGGAGCCUGAGCAGCUCCUUCAAGCUUUUCAAGAAUCUGCUUGGCAGCCUAGCACAAUGGAAGGCAAGAGAGAAGCUGAGCAAGUGAGCGUCUUUGUAUCGAAAUACAAGGAAAAAGCCGCUCUCAACCAGUACUGGUACUCGCCAAAGACAAUUGAGGUCAUUGUGAAGGAGGUAGAGCUGGUGGCCAAGAAGGUGGCUUUCCUAUCCACUCCAAGCAUCUAUUUCUCGCUAAGCGAUGCUGCCAUCAAGAAGGAGAGCUAUGUCUUUGAUCUGGAUACCCAGUUUGCAUGUGGGAGUAAUUUCGUGCAGUACGACUUCAACAAACCCACGGAUAUUCCCACGUCCCUGUGGCACAGCUUCGAUUGCGUUGUCAUUGAUCCUCCGUUCAUCACAGCCGACGUCUGGAAGAAGUAUGGGGCAACGGUAACAGCACUGCUCAGACCUCAAGGCAAGAUCAUUCUGACAAGCACGCACGAGAAUGCCGAGCUUCUGCACUCGCUUUUCGCAGUGACGCCCCAGUUGUUCUCCCCCUCCGUCCCCCACUUGGUUUACCAAUACCGUCUGUAUUGCAACUAUCCCUCUACGUUCUUUUCUGAGCCUAAUCCUGAGAUUGGGGACUAGCUCAUGAAUAACCCGUAUGUAGAAGUGGAAUCUGUCAGCGGAUUGUUUCCACAUUCAUGAUCCUGCUUCAGCGUGCAGUGCAGUAGAAUCACAUGAGAGGGUAGAAAAUGUUUAUAGCUGGAAGGUCUAGCUUACGAGCUGAAGGCAGAGCAGUGACAUGCCGAAAAAUCCAGAAUCAACCUAGAGUUAAGCUGAUUGAUCUGCUCCACGAUCUUGCAAUGUGCUGAUCGACCUUGAGUUUUGCUAGGAAUCUAGACGGUCACACUUCAAGGAUCACAAAGAUACAUGUGCAGUCUACUCUGCAUUUAAUCAUCCAAUUUCGACCAGAUCCAAC